GGUGCUACUUGCUGCUGCGUCUCAAAUCUGGCGUCACUGCCUCCUGUGUUUAUAUUUGAUCAAAAGUGAUCAAAAGGUUAUGUUUUGAAUAUGGCGUUCGUUGUUACUUGAAAACUAAGACCCUUCGACGACGCGAUAUCGAAAGAUUCGCCGCGUUUCAUAAACGUUUGUGAAUUAUUGGCGGGAUCUAAAAUGCGGUCGGAUUAUUGCCGACGUCGCGUAUUGUCGACGUCGCGAUUCCGAUAAACGUUACCCGAACUUAAAAGAAAUAACGCAACGCAAUGAGAUCUGUAUACAAGUUGUUCUUGCUGUGCCUUAUCCUCGCCGCGUUGAUAAUAUUGCUCAAUGUGACGACCAACUUCUCCAGCAAUGAUCAGACCGCCGGGAGGGAGCGUCUGAUGCUCCAAAAGAAGGCUUUAGCUGCAUCGGCAACGAAUGAAGUGACGAUAUGCGUGGUGGUAUGCGGGGACAGGCUGCACGAGGCCCUGACUAUGCUAAAGUCAGCGCUGGUCUUCACCAACAAGCCGCUGCAGUUCAUCAUACUAGCAGAACAUCAGCUGAUACCAGCCUUCAAUGAGAAAUUGUCAGAAUGGAAACUUAUAUCUAAUAAAACCUUUGACUUCCUAGUACGGCCCAUUACCUUCCCCGACGGCAGCGAUGUGGCCAUGUGGAAAAAGCUAUUCAAGCCCUGUGCAGCUCAGCGACUGUUCUUACCAACUGUGUUGAACGACACCGACGCAGUACUCUAUGUGGACACAGAUACCCUGUUCCUGGCACCACCAGAGAGAAUUUGGGAUGAGUUCAAAAAAAUGAAUGCCAGCCAGUUGGCAGCUCUCAGCCCAGAGCACGAGGAUCCAAAUACCGGUUGGUACAACAGAUUCGCCAAGCAUCCGUAUUACGGCAAGUUGGGUGUCAAUUCAGGAGUGAUGUUAAUGAAUCUGACGAGAAUGCGAGAGUUUCGAUGGACCGACCAUGUGAUUCCCAUUCACAAGGAGUACAAGCUGAAGAUCACCUGGGGUGAUCAGGACAUCAUCAACAUAAUAUUCCAUUAUCAUCCAGAAAAGCUGUACGUUUACUCCUGCCGAUACAACUAUCGACCGGAUCAUUGCAUGUACAUGUCGGUGUGCGCGGAGGCGGAAAGGGAUGGUGCUCUGGUGCUGCAUGGUUCUCGCGGCACGUUCCAUUCGCAGAAGCAGCCGCCUUUCAGAGCUAUAUACAGAGCUAUGCAAGAGUAUCAGCUGAACACGGAUCCGUACGAAGAGCUGCUCGUGCCGAUGAGGAAUUACUUGGUGAUGGAGGACAAAUCAAACUGCGGCCGAGUCCCAAAGGUGUUCAUCAUCCAGCCGGAGCUGCACUUGGCUCAUAACUUUUAAGACUUGCUCGGUCAUACCGAAAAUCAUAUGCACUCACG